AUAUUCGCCAAGUUUUGCCUUCUCUCUCGGGAAACCCCAGACCACGCUACCAGAGCUUUUUCUUGCUUAUCAGUGUUGUUCCUUUUUGGAAUUUGGAAUAGGGAAGAAUGGCUACUUUGGACUCCGAUGUGCCCAUGGUUCCGGUUGGCGAAGCUUCAAGCAGCAGCGCUCCUUCCUCUUCCGCCAAGAAGCCCAAGCGUUUCGAGAUCAAAAAGUGGAGCGCCGUCGCUCUCUGGGCAUGGGAUAUUGUUGUAGAUAACUGUGCAAUCUGCAGGAACCACAUUAUGGAUCUCUGCAUAGAGUGCCAAGCGAACCAGGCUAGCGCUACCAGCGAGGAAUGCACUGUUGCUUGGGGAGUUUGCAACCAUGCAUUUCACUUCCAUUGCAUCAGCCGAUGGCUGAAGACUCGUCAAGUUUGCCCAUUGGAUAACAGCGAGUGGGAGUUCCAGAAGUAUGGACACUAAACUAGUGUGGUUGGGCAUUUGAAUGUUUUUAUUCUGCUUUCAAGAUGUUGAGUAGAAGAUCUGAUUUCUGCUUAUUGCAUUUAAUGUGUAUCAAGUUCUGUAAUAUGCAAAUUUCCUAUGACACUAUGAUUUGAGAAUGGGAUUUCCAUAUGCACCACAGCCUAUAUGUGAAAAUACCAUCGGGCUUGAACCCUUUUUGUUUUAGGCC